AUGGGUGAAAAGCGAAAAGCUCGUAUGACCGAAAAAACAUCAAAAAAAGAAAAAAAAACUAUUAAUUCUAUUACAACAACUGCCAGUAAUGAUGAUAUUGAAGAACAAUCAUCAAUGCAUUCAAAUAGUAGUACUAAUGAUAGCAAUAGUCAACAACCGUCAAUUACAAAAGAAGAUACUAAUCUUGAUGAAAUAGAAGAAUCUCAAGCAAUAACUCCAAUUGAUGUUGAAAAUAUAACUAAUGAAGAUAAUGUUGAAUCUAAACCAUUAACAAAUGAUGAUGAUGAUGAUGAUGAUGUUAAUCAUAAAAUAAUCAUUGAAUCAAAUUCAACAACAAAAUCAUGGUGGUCAUCAUUAAUUCGCCUAUUUCAUUUUCGUAAUAAUACAAAUGAAAAUAAAUCUCAAAUCAAUGAUUCAACUGAUGAUCAUCAAUCUUCUUCAUAUGUCAAUGGAAAUUAUUUGAGUAAUAUUAAAUGUCGUCGAUCACUUCAUGAUAAUUCAUUAGUUAAUUAA